AUGGCUUAUGAUGCCAACGAAGUCCCCGUCGGCAUGGGAACUACCCAAGACAUAGGUAGUAGCAAUCAUGGUCUCCAACGACAGCUUAGGCCACGGCAUCUACAAAUGAUUGCCAUCGGAGGUGUUAUCGGUACUGGCCUCUUUCUAGGCACAGCGAGUGAUCUCCAGCAUGGUGGUCCAGCUGGUCUUCUUAUUGGAUACUGUAUUAUGGCUUCGUUGCUAUACUCAGUAAUGGUUGCUCUCGGUGAGAUGGCAUCGCAAUUUCCCAUUCCUGGCGGUCAAUUCGCUUUGGCUGGCCGGUUCACCUCGCCCGAGCUUGGAUUUGCUAUGGGUAUCCUGUUCUGGUAUAAUUAUAUUGUUGUCUUACCGGCUGAAAUUUCCGCUGCGGCUCUUCUGGUCACAUUUUGGACUCCGGCAGGACAGACAGAUUCUACAUGCACUACUGGAAUCUGUAAUAAUGCCAUGUGGGUUGGGCUGAUGCUGAUCGUUGUGUUUGCUAUAAACUAUGCGGGAACACGAGUCUUUGGUGAGAUGGAAUUCUGGUUUUGUUCAAUCAAGAUUGUGACUAUCAUUGGCCUUAUUAUUACUGGUAUUAUCAUUAGUGCCGGUGGCGGACCUAACCACGAGGCAAUCGGAUUCAAAUAUUGGAACGAGACUGGUGGAUUUGUACAGUAUGAAGGAAUUGCCGGUUCGAAAGGACGGUUCCUCGGAUUUUUCAGCGUUUUGAUCAAUGCUGCAUUCGCAUUCAUUGGAUCUGAGAUUACGGCAAUUGCAGCUGCUGAGACUUCCAACCCACGAAAGAAUGUGCCGCGAGCCAUCAAGAGUGUUUGGAUUAGGCUUGUACUCUUCUAUAUCUGCAGUGCUUUCUUGAUCGGAAUUCUCGUGUCUCCCUCCGAUCCUUCUCUUAAUCUUACUUCUACUGCAGCCAAGAGUCCCUUUGUUAUCGCUAUCCAGAACUCCGGGAUCUCGGUCCUCCCUUCCAUUAUUAAUGCAGCCCUUCUCACUAGCGCAUGGUCUGCCGGUACAGCUGAUCUUUUUGUCUCAUCAAGAACCCUCUACGGACUAGCAACCCGCGGACAUGCCCCAAAGAUCUUUCUCAAGACUCGAGCAGAUGGGUUCCCCUGGGUCUGCUUUCUUUUCUGUGGUGUUUUCUCUUUCCUCUCAUUUAUGGCCGCCGCCCAUGGAGAAGCGGGCACAGUGUUUGGCUAUUUCUCUAACAUGACUGCGAUGUGUGGUAUGAUCUCCUGGACAGGGAUCUUGUGGACCAGCAUCCGUUGGAACAAAGGUCUCAAGGCGCAGGGCAUCGAUCGAAAGACACUCCCAUUUAUGGCACCUCUUCAACCAUAUCUUUCAUACUAUGGAAUUUCAGUUUGCGUUAUGGUCAUCAUCUUCGGCGGGUUUGGUUCCUUCAUGCCGAGCUUUGACGCUUCCUCUUUUGUUACUACUUACUUUCCAAUCCCGUUCUUUGCCGUCCUCUUCUUUGGAUACAAGUUCUGGACCAAGUCAAAGAUGGUCGAUUAUGCAGAGAUGGACUUUGUCACCGGCUCUUCGAGCGAGGUUAUCGAGAAGGAAACUGCCCAGAAUCUGUGGCAGAAGAUUUCCGACAGAAUCUAG